AUGUCAUUAUCUUUAGGUGUUUGGAUUGGCGAUAAUGAUUUUAUAAAUAAUAAACAAUUAAAUGAAAUGCAAAAAUUGUUAUCGGAGUUCCCAGAAUCUUACUUUAAUUCGAUCUACAUCGGGAAUGAAGUACUAUUUAGAAAAGAUAAGUCAAUAGAUGAAUUAUUAAGUUAUAUUAAUGAUACAAAGUUGUUUUUAAAAAAAAUAAACAAAUCUAAUAUUCCAAUUGGAACAUCGGAAAUUGGCUCUUUGAUUAAUCAUAAAUUAAUCGAUAAUUGUGAUGUAAUUGGAGCAAAUAUUCAUCCAUUCUUUGGUGGUGAAGAUGUUUCAAAAUCUAUUAAUUGGACUUACGAUUUCUUGAAAUACCAAAUUGAGCCUCAGUUGAAGAAAGUUAGACAAAAGCCAAAAAUUAUAAUAACUGAAGUUGGAUGGCCUUUUAAAGGUGGAUCAUUUCAAAAAUCAGUUGCAAAUUUCAAGUCAUUUCAAUAUUUUUUAAAUAAUUUCAUUUGUGAAGCUUAUCAAAAAGAUUAUGGUUGGUAUUAUUUUGAAGCUUUUGAUGAACCUUGGAAAAAAAUUUUCUAUGAAGAUUCUAAUUCUUGGGAAACAGAAUGGGGGGUAUUCAAUUAUGAUAGAAGUAUGAAGGAAAAGAUUCAAUUUCCAGCUUGUAAUUAA